AUGCCUCAGGAUAUGCCCCCGCAGGGGGGCUACUUGCCCGUGCAGUACAAGCGCAACAUCCCUGCCCGUGGCUUCCGCCCCAUCUACUACCUUAUCGGAAUGGAUAUUGACGAAAGGGGAAUGAACAGUGAACUCGCUCGUGAGAAGAUGUGGGGCCGUAUACACAUCAUGCCUCUUCUCCAGGCCGAGGAGGACCGUGACCAGGCUCGUCGGUACUUCGCCGACAAGGCUCGUGAGAAGGAGCUCCUUGGUACGGACGCCAAGAUCUACAACUCGGACCGCUUUGUCCGCCCUACCUUCACGUAUACCCCCAGCAAGGUCACUCAAUAA